UCCAGUCCCCGCAUCAGCCAUCUCGUCACCGGGCAGAUCCUCCGCAUCCUCGGUGAGCGCGGGAGAUGACACCGGAAGUGUGAGUGGACGACACGACGAGACGCAACAUGACGGUGGACUUUGAAGAAUGUAUCAAAGAUUCUCCCCGCUUCAGGGCUGGCAUCGAUGAUGUGGAGACAGAUGUGGUGGAGAUCGAGGCAAAGCUGGACAAGCUGGUGAAGCUGUGCAGCGGCAUGAUCGAGGCAGGCCGAGCCUACGUGGGCGCCAACAAGCUCUUUGUCAACGGCAUCAAGGAUCUGUCCCAGCAGUGCAAGGAAGAGGAGAUGAUAUCGGAAUGCCUGGAAAAGUGUGGCGAGAGCCUCCAGGAGAUCGUCAACUACCAUAUGAUUUUGUUUGACCAAGCUCAGAGGUCCAUCAAGCAGCAGCUGCAUGCCUUCAUCAAAGAGGAUGUGCGCAAGUUUAAAGACACCAAGAAGCAGUUUGACCGGGUGCGAGAGGACAUGGAGCUGGCUCAGGUGAAGAACGCCCAGGCUCCCAGGAACAAGGUUCACGAGGCAGAAGAGGCCACACAAGCCCUCGUCUUGAGCCGUAAAGCCUUCAGACACCUUGCCUUGGACUAUGUUCUCCAGAUCAAUGUGCUUCAGGCCAAGAAGAAGUUUGAAAUCCUUGAUGCGAUGCUGUCCUUCAUGCGGGCCCAGUACACGCUUUUCCAGCAAGGCUUCCACAUCCUGGAUGAGAUCGACCCCUACAUGAAGAAGCUGGCUGCACAGCUGGACCAGCUGGUCAUCGACUCGGCCAUUGAGAAGAGAGAGUUGGAGCACAAACAUGCUCUCAUCCAGCAGAGGACUCUGAUGCAGGACUUUUCCUACGAUGACCCCAAGUUGGAGUUCAAUGUGGAGGCCCCCAAUGGUGUGGUCAUGGAGGGCUACCUCUUCAAGAGGGCCAGCAACGCGUUCAAGACCUGGAACAGGCGCUGGUUCUCCAUCCAGAACAGCCAGCUGGUGUACCAGAAGAAACUUAAGGACUCCUUGACCGUGGUGGUGGAAGACCUGAGACUUUGCUCAGUCAAACCAUGUGAAGACAACGAGAGGAGGUUCUGUUUCGAGGUGGUCUCACCCACCAAGAGCUGCAUGAUGCAGGCGGAGUCCGAGAAGCUGCGGCAGGCGUGGAUCCAAGCAGUCCAAGCCAGCAUUGCCUCGGCUUACAAAGACAUCGCUGAUAAUUACUACAUUGAGCGUCUGGACCGGACCGCCUCACCGUCCACCAGCAGCAUCGACUCUGCCAGCGAGCCCAGAGAGCGAGGUGAGAGGGUGGACAAGGUGUACCGUGGAGGCGGUGAAGGUCUCCUGCAGCGUGUGCAGAACCUAGCAGGCAACGAGCGCUGUUGUGACUGUGGGCAGACUGCCCCCUGCUGGGCCUCCAUCAACUUGGGAGUGCUGCUGUGUAUCGAGUGCUCAGGGAUCCACAGGAGUCUUGGGGUCCAUUGCUCCAAAGUGCGCUCACUGACUCUGGACUCUUGGGAACCAGAACUCCUGAAGCUGAUGUGUGAAUUGGGCAACACUGUCAUCAAUCACAUUUACGAGGGAGCAUGCCAGGAUCUGGGGGUGAAAAAACCUGGAGCGUCCAGUCCCAGGCAGGAGAAGGAAGCCUGGAUUAAGUCCAAAUAUGUGGAGAAACGUUUCCUGAAGAAGAUGAGCGGGAGCGAGGCCUUGGUGGAGGGCCAAAGAAAGUCCAGACCUUGGACUGUGAAGAAGUGCCAGCGACACAACAGCUCGCUUCGGGCUCCAAACAAAGUCCGCAGGAAAUACCAUCGCUACGAGCCCGGCUGUGCCUCACCCGCUAAUCUCUCUGCGGCGGCUGCAGCCAAGUUUCGCCGGGAUUCCUUGUUCUGUCCGGAUGAGCUGGACUCCCUCUUCUCCUACUUUGACACCGGCUCCGGUCCACGCAGUCUGAGCAGUGACAGCGGCCUGGGAGGAAGCACUGAUGGCAGCACUGACAUCCUGCUCUUGGGCUCUGUGGUGGACAGCGUCACAGAAGAAGAAGAGGAGUCCGAGGAGUCCUCUAGUGGCGAGGUGGAGAUUGAACAAGAAGUCCCUUCAGACCCCGAGGACCCGAGGGAGCUCCACCCUGGCGCGCUCCUCCAACGUUCCUCGCGCCUGCACAACUUAGCCCUCAUGGCAGAGGCGCUGGCGCACGGCGCUGACGUACACUGUGCAAGUGAGGAAGAGGAUGGACGAACACCCCUCAUACAGGCAGUACUGGGGGGCUCCUUGAUAGCUUGUGAGUUCCUGCUUCAGAACGCAGCCGACGUCAACCAGAGGGACAUGAGGGGGCGGGGCCCGCUGCAUCACGCCACCUACCUGGGACACACCGGCCAGGUGUGUCUGUUCCUGAAGAGAGGGGCGUCACAGACGGAGGUGGACGAGAAAGGUCAUGAUCCCCUCAGCAUCGCCGUGCAGGCUGCCAACGCUGACAUCGUCACCCUGCUGCGUCUGGCCAGGAUGAACGAGGAGAUGCGGGAGGCGGAGACCCCCCUGGGUCAAGCAGGUCAAUACCCCACCAGCAGCCCUACAGAGCAGCAGUACAGGAAGUGCAUCCAGGAGUUCAUCUGCCUCACCAUAGAGGAGUUCUAGUCACCUCCUAGAUGGACCUUUUUUCUAACUCCUCCCACUCAAUGUUGGCCUCCUGCUAACAUCCUCACACGGUGUAGUCCUUCUCGGGAGGCUGCGGGUACCUGUCGCUACAUUAACCCUCCAUGCAUCACAGCAGAUCAUAGCAUCUGUGGAAAUAUGAAGGGGAACUGCACUUUUUGCCCAUCAUGCACCAUCCUUACGUGAGACAUCUCUUUUUCUCUUUCUGAAUAGUAAAUAAUGCCAGCAAAAGUCUGCUGACAAGUAAAUAAUGCCAGCAAAAGACUGCUGACAAGUAAAUAGUAAAUAAUGCCAGCAAAAGUCUGCUGACAAGUAAAUAGUAAAUAAUGCCAGCAAAAGUCUGCUGACAAGUAAAUAGUAAAUAAUGGCAGCAAAAGCCUGCUGACAAGUGGCUCUAGUUUGCCUGUGAAGCACUUCAAACUCCUGGGUGUCAUUGCAGGUGUAGUAAAGUGCUAAAUAAUUACAGACCAUUUUGUGGGGUCAAAACUAAUCCACAUUCAGAUUGUUAUUUGUAAUGAUCUUAAUCCUUUCAAAACAUUUUAAAUUGAUUUAAAUUAUUUUUUUACUCCAUCCUGUGCAGUCAGUCAGACAAAUCAUGUUGUUGAUGUAGAUGAUACAAAUCAUAUAGUUGAUGUAGAUAAUACAAAUCAUAUUGCUGAUGUAGAGGAUACAAAUUAUAUACUUGAUGUAGAUGAUACAAAUCAUAUUGUUGAUGUAGAUGAUACAAAUCAUAUAGUUGAUGUAGAUGAUACAAAUCAUAUUGUUGAUGUAGAUGAUACAAAUCAUAUAGUUGAUGUAGAUGAUACAAAUCAUAUUGCUGAU